UCUCAUUUCUCUUCCGCAUAUCUUUCCUCAUUCUCUCCUUUUCUCUUUUUCCUCCUUCUCCCCUCUCUAUUUUCACUAUCGAUCUCUUCCUCUCACCGCCGGCGAAAUUAGCGGCGUGCAACAGCCCGGAUUCCGGCCGGUCACCGUCCGACGAUCUUAUUAUUAUCUUUAAUUCGAAUCUCAACUCCCACCAACUCUAUUCUCUCUGUUCUGAUUUUCAUUUUUUAUACUUGUUAAAAUGUUUGUGGAACCAUUUUUACUUUUUUAACCUUCCACUUGGCGGUUUUACCAUUUUAUUUCUCUUUUUCCUCUUGUCCAUUUUGGACGUUUUCGCUCAUUUUUGGAUAAAGAAGACUUGACACUUUUACCCCCCUCCAAAAGAAACAGAAAAAUCAUUGAAUUUACGCUUUUGUCCAAUAAUUAACUCUGGUUUAACGGUUUUACUAUUUUAGCCCUUAGGGUUUCCUUUUCUUUCUUUUUUCUUAAAAAAAUUAUUCUUAUUACGGAUAGUGACGUGGCAUGUUAUAAUUCCAAAGAUGAGCUAUCACUCUCAUAGGAUUUUGACACCUGGAGCUUCGAGGAAGCGGAAAGAGGGAGAGGCAUUUUAUCCAUUGAAGCCGACAUCAGUAGCUUAUUCGGCUAAGCAUGGAGCUAGGCCAGCAGCCGUUAUAAAAGCAGAGGAGGCCGUUUCUUCUAAUAAAUUACUAGCUGGGUACAUGGCAUAUGAGUAUUUGACCAAGGGGACUUUAUUCGGACAAAAAUUCGACCCGGGCAGAGCAGAGGCGGUGGCGUUAGCCGGCGGCUUAGUCGAGUCGAAGAGGGGGAGUAAAGCGAUUGAAAUGGAGACACGGUGGAAGAAAGAGCAUAAGAGUUAUGCUGAGGUGGCAGGCAUAUUGAAGACUGAAGGGGCCCACUUACCAGGGAUCGUUAAUCCUACUCAACUAGCUAGGUGGAUCCAGAUGUGAGUUGGAGUUGUUGCUGGUGCUGUGUACGUGGUAGGAGAGAAUACAUGGGUAGUGAUGCACUCGAUUGGCAACUCCCGCUUUCGAGGUGAUGAGUCUGUAUCACUACCAAAAAAAACAAUGAACAAGAAAGCCACUGUUACAAGGAAGAUUGAACUUGGGUCAGAUCUCCUUUGACCAGUUGUAGUAUUUUUAUGUUUAAUUUUAUUUUUGUUUGUUGUUGAUGUUGUUAGCUUCUUGAUUUAGAAUUCAUAUCAUGUUAAUAUGAUUAACUUUGAUGUUGUUGUUUCUUGA